UCACUUCACUUUCACUCUGGAACUUACGUACUGUGAACGUGUUUGCUUUCACUCAGAUAAUUCCUCUUCAUCCUCUAUAAUCACCUUCGAAUAUGAACAAUUAUCCAUUUAAAUCUGUUGGGGAUCCUAAACCAUUAUCAUGCUGUAUCUUUCAACUAUGUCAAGCUUUUUUUAUAUAUAUUUUUUUCGGAUUUCUCCUGUUGGCACGUCAUUCCUUGGGGUUCAGUUUAGAGACACUGAAUCCAAGAGUUUUCACUGCUCCUGAGGUAGGCUCUCAUUUUGGCCAUCAGGUUUGUCAUUUUGGACCUACGCAAGGAGACAGUGUGUUAGUGACGGCACCUAACCUUCAUAAUGGAACUGGUGGUCUUUAUAGGUGUUCUUACAGUGGUAAUCAGUGUAUGCUGCUCCCAGUGACAGUUGAUCCAGGCAUUGCGUUAGGUUUGGCUCUCACCUGUGAUGAUGCUCAAGCUUUGGUGUGUGGUCCUCAUCUGAAGCAUAAAUGUGAGGGGUUUAACUAUCUUAAUGGUCAGUGUCUGGAGAUCAACCCACACUUCACUGCUGCUGAGACACUGAAGCCAGCUUUCCAGGAGUGUCAUGUUAUUCCCCCUCUGGAUGCGGUUAUACUGUUUGAUGACUCUGGCAGUAUCACCUCAGACAAUUUUGAAACAAUGAUAAGAUUCAUCAAGAACUUAAUUGCCAUGUUUUUGGAUACACGAGCUCAGGUGGCAGUAGCCAAAUUCUCCACAAAAGUGUCGGCUGUCUUUCACUUUGAGAACUAUGCAGUGAAACGAGACCCCGACCUACUAAUGAAAGAUGUGACCCAGGCACAGGGACAUACAUUCACACCUUCUGCAAUACGUUUCGUGCUAGAAGAGAUGUUUUCUGAGAAGGUGGGAAUGCGGAGCAACUCUCAGAAGUUAUUGCUGGUGAUCACUGAUGGAAAAUCAAAUGACCCCAAAGAGGAAUUUAAGAAUGUCAUCCUGGAAGCCAAUGAACGGGACAUCAAACGAUUUGCCAUUGGGGUUGGUAAGGAAUAUUCUUAUCCUGAGCUGGAGCUGAUCGCUUCCUCACCCCAGUUUGUGUUUGAGACAGAGAGUUUCAGUGCUCUCACCUCGAUACUAAAUCAUCUAAGAAAAAAAAUAUUCUCCAUUGAAGGAACUGACACAGGGAACUUCAGCUCUUUUCAGAUGGAAUUAUCACAGGGGGGUUUCAGUGUGGCCCUUUCUGAGGGUUCAAGGUUGUUUGGAGCAGUUGGGGCUUACUCCUGGUCAGGAGGAAUAGUGCAGGAUCUCCCUCAUCAACUGCUCAAUUCAUCAUUCAUUAAUGCCACAAAUAUGGAGGACGACAUUAGAGAUUCCUAUUUAGGUUACUCAAUUGCUGUGGCCUCAGUAAAUGGUCAUGUUGUGUACUUUGCGGGAGCACCACGGCAUAGACACAAAGGUCUGGUGCUGGGAUUUACACAGAAUGAUCAGAACCACAGUUGGACCAUCAGUCAUAGAAUAUAUGGAUCACAGCUGGGCUCAUACUUUGGGGCAGAAUUGUGUGUGGUUGGCAUUUCUGAGUUGUUAGCAGUGGGAGCUCCAUUAUAUCAUGCUCAUGGAGUGGGAGGAGAGGUCCAGAUAUGCCCACUUAACACUACAAUCCAAGAGCUCAACUGUUCAACGAUCCUUCGUGGGGUGGUGGGAAAUGAGUUUGGCCGGUUUGGCACUUCACUGGCAGCCAUACAGGACUUAAAUGGAGAUGGCUUUAAAGAGUUGGCAGUGGGGGCACCCCAAGAAGAGAAGGGCAAGGGUGCCAUUUACAUAUUUUUGGGACAACCAGGCGGUAUCAGAGCAGAAUACAGUCAGAGAGUGAGUGGAGCAGCUGUUGAAGGUGGGCUGCAGUAUUUUGGAGUCUCUCUUCACUCUGCGGGAGAUCUGACCUCAGACGCUCUUACUGAUGUAGUAGUGGGCUCUAGAGGUGCAGUUACAGUACUAAGGUCUCAGCCUGUCAUGUGUUUGCCUAUAAAUGUUAGUUUUGACCCACCAAUCAUCCAUCAAAAAUUCUUUCAUUGCUCCGCCCCCCUUGGUCUCAACACCCCUGUUGCCACGGUUACAAUCUGUAUGACUGUAAAAGAGAUUGUCAAGGGUGAUAUACAAGGUCCUUUUGGUUCUGUGGUGUCAGUGGCUCUGGAGCUAAAGCUGGACCCUCAGGCCAGAGCUCCUCGGCUGUUAUUUGGUCCCAGAUCAGCCUCAUUUCUCUGGACCCUCAAUGGCAACCUGAGCAGCAUAUCUCCUGUCUGCACUACUCUAUACAUCAGUAUCCCGGAGUGUAUUACAGACUACCAUGAAGUUCCUCUCUCCGGGAAGAUGAAAGUAAAAACAGAAGCUAUUCCAGGAACAGGAGGCUUAAGGCCAGUGCUAAGCCCUGACUGCUGGCCUGCAUUUAAAGAAAUGGUUGUUCUGGAGAAAGUGUGUGGGGAAGAUCAUGUGUGUAUAUCGGAUUUAAAUGUGUCUCUCUUUUUUACGAGUGAUACUGUGGUGAGUACUGCUGGUUACCCAGUGAAUCUCUCAGUGGAGGUAUACAAUAACGGAGAAGAUUCCAUGGAUACAGAGCUUUUUCUUCAUCAUCCCACCAUCCUCUCCUUCACCCACAUCAAAACAUCCGGUGUACAGGUUCGGUGUGAGUCCAGUCAGCUAGAGCUCUCAAAGGUUACACGCACAGCAUGCAAGCUUGGAGCAACAGUUUUCCGCCAGAGAGAAAAGACCACACUAAAGAUGUCAUUCAUGAUGUUUACAUCCUCUGCUGUGAAUGAGCGCCUGAUUGUCAAUGCAUCAGUCACAAGAACCUCAUCCACUCUUCACACGUUCACUCAGUCACGGACACUUACCUUCGGCUCUAUUCCCCGCAGUUCCUGUGCCACUCUCUCCUGCUGCCUCAUGCCGUCUGCAUCCGGAUUACUCACCUUCUCUCCACCAUCAUCUGGACUUCUCACCGCUUCACCAUCCCCUCGGAGUAUUGCUGUCUCAUCGUCAUUGUUUGUUUAUGUACCAUCGCCAUAUCUUCUCAUUAAAACUAUAAACUCGCUAUUGUUUCCAGACUGUCCUUUCACCAGCUGUCACAGAACGAUCUCACCAACAUGGAAGCAGCGAGCACCAAUACCCUCACCGACUUCAUGCACCACAGUGUCAAAAGAAUGGAUCAGCAGCAGGAGAGUAUCUUGAACACUGGACGCGCUGUCCAAGCGCUGGUGGCACAGGUGUCCGAGCUCACCCAGCAGAUCCAUCAGCUCACGUCUCCCACUGCGCCCAUCGCACCGCCUGCGCCGUCCGUUACCCCGGGGAUUCCCCAGGACCACUUCCGGCCAGAGCCGCGACUUCCGGCGCCGGAGAACUAUGCGGGUGAGCAAACCAUUUGUAGAACAUUUCUUAACAAAUGCUCGAUGCAUUUCGCUCUACAGCCCCGCACUUUCGCUACGGAGGAAUCCAAAGUAGCGUUCACGCUCACACUUCUCUCUGGCAAGGCUGCCUUAUGGGGAACGGCGGUGUGGGAAAAUCAACACCCGUGUUGUGCCUCGUUCCACCUCCUAUCGGACGAAAUGAAGAGAGUCUUCGACUGGGCCGCGACCGGCAGGGAGGCCACCCAUCGCCUCUCGGAACUCCAGUAAGGAUCUUCAUCUGUAACCGAAUACUCCAUCGAGUUCCGUACCCUGGCGGCAGCGUGCCAGUGUAACGAGGCGGUGCAGUGGGAUAGAUUCCUGCAUGGGUUAUCCGACUGUGUUCAGCAGGAGAUCUACCUCCUCGAUCUUCCCCCUACUCUCAACGAACUCAUUGACCUGCCGUUGCAGGUGGAGGCCAGGUUUAAUCGUCUGGGCCGCCAACAUAGUCCUUCCAGGCCUCCCUUCUCUCCUGGUAGGGGGCGCUUGAGUCAAGAGAACACGGUCGGUUCUGUCGACGAUCACGAGCCCAUGCAGGUGGGUAGAGCUCGGCUGUCCCGGAGGGAGAGGGAACGGCGGAGAUCCCAAGGACUAUGUCUAUACUGCGGAGGCUCUGACCAUAACACCUACUCUUGCCCGAUAAAAGAGUCAGCCCGAUAGUAAAUCUGAGGCUACUAUCGGGUGGGAUCUCCACUGAGAAGUCCUCACCAACAUCAUCGACCCUCCUUCCGGUGAGACUGCGGUGGAAGAAUCAACAUCAUAAAUGUCAAGCCCUUCUGGACUCCGAGCCGAAGGUAAUUUCAUUGAUUCUUCACUUGCACAUCACCUGAACAUUCCUGUCCUUCCUGUGUCUCUCCCCAUCCAUGUCACCGCACUCAAUGGCCAGGAACUGACUCACGUCACACACCAUACAGAACCCAUCACACUGAUCACAUCUGGAAACCAUCAAGAAACCAUAUCAUUUUUCUUCAUGGACUCCCCUGUUGCUCCCAUUGUUUUAGGUCACCCCUGGUUGUUCAAACAUAAUCCACGAGUGGAAUGGGGUUCUAACACUGUCACAUUGUGGAGUGAAAGUUGUCAUGAGUCUUGUCUGGUUUCUGCUUGUCCUGUUGUUCCUGUUUCUGUUUUUCAGAAGGAAGACCAUGGUUUUGCCAAACGUGCCCGUUGAGUAUCUGGACCUGAAGGAAGUGUUCAGUAAGUCCCGGGCUGCUUCUCGUCCCUACGACUGUGCCAUAGACUUAGUGUCA